UCUGUAAAGAAAAUCUUACCUAUGGCACUAACAGAAACAAGUAAUACAAAAAUGUUAGAAUGUGGUACAACGAGCGCAGAAGAUUCUGAUAUAAAUUAAAAUUAUAUGCAUACAGUUCAGUCAUUUUGUGCCCUGCAAUAAAUGGAGUUGCAAAAAUCGAAAAUACACAAACUGAAAGAGUUUAAGUCAAAAACAGGCGGAAACAAUGCUAAAGAUAAUCUGCAUAGACUAUUACAAAAAACAUUAACAAAUGAAUGUGCACUAAAAUGUUCGUGGAAAGGAUUCAGAAAUAAUUUCAAAAUCUCAAAUUUAUAUUUCAUAAAAAUUAUGAAAAGAGAAGUGACAUCGCGUUAUACUGUAUUUACUGUAGCCGAUUUUGAUGCUAUAAUAGCUGAAUGGCUACGCUUUGCCAAUCAGCGAAAUAAAAGGGAUACAUCGAAAGAAGAACAAUGAUGACAAUGAUAGGGCAUACAUAAAACAAUAAU